CGCCCGCUAGCCGGCGCUCAGGCAGGAGCUCUGGGCCGGGCGCGCCGCCGCCCUGGAGUGAGGGAAGCCCAAGCGAGGGGGUCUCCGGAGCCGGCCGCGAUGGACGCGGUCUUGGAGCCUUUCCCGGCCGACAGGCUGUUCCCCGGAUCCAGCUUCCUGGACUUGGGGGACCUGAACGAGUCGGAUUUCCUCAACAAUGCGCACUUCCCGGAGCACCUGGACCACUUUGCGGAGAACAUGGAGGACUUCUCCAACGAUCUGUUCAGCAGUUUCUUUGAUGACCCCGUGCUGGACGAGAAGAGCCCUCUACUGGACAUGGAACUGGACUCCCCCACACCAGGCAUCCAGGCUGAGCACAGCUACUCCCUGAGCGGUGACUCGGCGCCUCAGAGCCCCCUUGUGCCCAUCAAGAUGGAGGACACCACCCAAGACGUGGAACAUGGAGCAUGGGUGCUGGGACACAAACUGUGCUCCGUCAUGGUGAAGCAGGAGCAGAGCCCGGAGCUGCCCGUGGACCCUCUGGCCGCCUCCUCGGCCAUGGCCGCUGCUGCCGCCAUGGCCACCACCCCGCUGCUGGGCCUCAGCCCCCUGUCCAGGCUGCCCGUCCCCCACCAGGCCCCAGGAGAGAUGACUCAGCUGCCAGUGAUCAAAGCAGAGCCCCAGGAGGUGAAUCAGUUCCUCAAAGUGACACCAGAGGACCUGGUGCAGAUGCCUCUGACGCCCCCCAGCAGCCACGGCAGCGACAGUGACGGCUCCCAGAGUCCCCGCUCUCUGCCCCCCUCCAGCCCUGUCCGGCCCAUGGCCCGCUCCUCCACGGCCAUCUCCACCUCCCCCCUUCUCACCGCCCCUCACAAAUUACAGGGGACAUCAGGGCCACUGCUCCUGACAGAGGAGGAGAAACGCACCCUGAUUGCUGAGGGCUACCCCAUCCCCACGAAACUCCCCCUCACCAAAGCCGAAGAAAAGGCCUUAAAGAGGGUCCGGAGAAAAAUCAAGAAUAAGAUCUCGGCCCAGGAGAGCCGCCGUAAGAAGAAGGAGUACGUGGAAUGUCUAGAAAAGAAGGUGGAGACAUUUACGUCAGAGAACAACGAACUGUGGAAGAAGGUAGAGACCCUGGAGAAUGCCAACAGGACCCUGCUCCAGCAGCUGCAGAAACUCCAGACUCUGGUCACCAACAAGAUCUCAAGACCUUACAAGAUGGCUGCCACCCAGACUGGGACCUGCCUCAUGGUGGCAGCCUUGUGCUUCGUUCUGGUGCUGGGCUCCCUUGUGCCCUGCCUCCCUGAGUUCUCCUCCAGCUCCCAGACUGUGAAGGAAGACCCCAUGGCCGCUGACAGCGUCUACACAGCCAGUCAGAUGCCCUCCCGGAGCCUCCUGUUCUACGACGAGGGGGCAGGCUCGUGGGAGGAGGGCCGCAGUGCCCUCCUGCCUGUGGAGCCCCCAGACAGCUGGGAAAUCAAGCCGGGGGGGCCGGCUGAGCAGCGGCCCCAGGACCACCUGCAGCAUGACCACCUGGACAGCACCCACGAGACCACCAAGUACCUGAGUGAGGCCUGGCCAAAAGACGUUGGUGGAAACGGCACCAGCCCCGACUUCUCUCACCCCAAGGAGUGGUUCCGUGAGAGGGAUCUGGGCCCCAAUACCACCAUCAAACUCUCCUAGGCCGCGCCAAGACCCAGGACACAGGACGUACCCUCUGGCACCCAGAAGAGGGGUUGUCUUGCUCUCUAACCCGGAUCCAGCUUGUCCCCCUGCCCCCUGGGCUCCCAUCCCAGGAGAAAGCGUUCCACUUCUCCCCAGCCCUUCUUUGCCCCACUCUUUCCCAGGGCCUCUCCUUUCCCCACCACAUUUGGACUGUUUGUUCCCUUGGGCCGACCACUCUGUUCUCACCCCUCCCUCCCACAGCCAUCCGUCCUUCUCAGAUAAACCACUCACUGGGCCAACUCCCUCCUUUCUCAUAUGACCAACACGACCACUGCCUCCCUGCUCCCCCCACAGACACACCCAUCCACACACCGACACACACCCCCCUCCCUGCCCCGCCCCACUGUACAGAGACCAAGAACAGAAAUUGUUUGUAAAUAAUGAACCUUAUUUUUUAUUAUUGCCAAUCCCCUAAGAUAUUGUAUUUUACAAGUCUCCAUCCUCCCUUCACCCCUCCCUUGUUUUAUAUUUUAUGAAGUUAGUGCGGGCUUUGCUGUUCCCUGGCCCUCACCUGGCCUCCCCCUGCCGCAGCCCAAGCCGCUGGGCCUUUUUGAUUGCCAGACUGCUUCCUCCAUGAGCUGAGCACAUGCUUUAAGAAGGCAAAAGUAAAAA